GCUGUGGGGGGGAUAGUUGAUAAAACGGAGAGGUUUAGGUUGCUAGGACCUGGUUACUAGGGAGCUUCAUCCUGGACCCUUCUCUUCCACCGUCCCAUUGUGAUCCCAACCACCUGCUCCAUUAUGAUGCAGGCCUUCUCACUCCCUCACUAGGGAAGUCUGCUUCCUAGUAUGUGGGGGCAAUGGGGCCCAGGUAGUCCUAGGACCCCAGGUCAUGGGUGAACAAGUCUACCACGGAGCCCAACCAUGCUCUGGCACCAACCUCAGGAGAUGCCAGGAUUUAGGAGAUUCAAUUCUGCUGAUUCUGGGCAGCUUCAUCUUGCUCAACGUGGGAAUCAAUGUGGUGACUCUGCUCUGGAAGCAUCUGAAGAACUCACUGCGGAUUCUUUUCCAUCACUUUUUCCCCAAAGACAAACUAGACGCUGGUCUGAGCAGUCGCUCCAUAUACAUGCGCUCAAGGAUGCCUUCCCGAUUUCAUGGCCCCGGUUUCCUCCUGGGGCGUCUCAGUCACUUGGACUCUUGGAUACCAGACACAAAUGACGAGAACGUUUCUAGGAGCUGCUGGAUGCCACCCCAGUGUGGACAUGGCAGAGCUCCUAUAGAAGAUCCGUGGGCACUGUGGAAAGAGGAACUGCUGGGAGCUGGGGAAGCCCCUCAGGCCACAGUCAUGAAGACUCAGACGUCUUUGUUUUUCAGGUCAGAGGUUUCUCCCCAGAUUCCAAAGAUAUGCCAGCUGACCACGAACAUACUUCCACCUUCCUCACCCCAGGAGAACAAGACUAAGUCAGAUGACAGCCCACCCCACACUCUGGCCCAGGCCCUAACCUCUUCCUCAACCAACUCUCAACAGCUCCCCUCCACUCAGUCCCAGACUCAGCCUUCAGAAUGCACUCAGUUAAGGGCACAGGGCCUUGAGUAUACCUCAGCCCAGACCCCACCAGCCCACGCACCAGAUUUUACCUCAGCUCCUAUCCCAGCCCUCAGUGAAGGCCCAAUACCAGCCAAGACUCUACCCCCAGCCCCCACCCUGUCCCAUCCCCCAGUCCAGGCCCCAACCCAUAGUCAAACCCAUACCUUCGAUCAGGCCCAGUCCCAGAGCCUGCCCCCUAUCACACUCCAGGGGCCAGCCCACAACCCUGAGCAAACCUCAGCCCACACAUCACCUCAACUACCAAUCCAGGCUCCUGCUGAUGCUUCCUUCCAAUCCCAAGGCCAUGACCCAGUCCAAAUCCUAGUACACACCUUGACCCAACCCCACGCUGAAGGACCUGAGCAAACAUCUCCAGCCUCAGCACAUGGGCCAUCCCAUUCCCUACUUCCCUCGUGUGCCCAUACCCCAGUGCCUAGCCCAACCUCUGCCCCAGCCCCUUGUGGUCUGGCCCCUGUCCCAGCCUGUGCCCCAGAUCCUGCUCUAGCGCUGUCUAUGACCAUGACGACUUCCCAAGCCUCUGCUCAAGUCCCUGUCACCACCUCUACCCCUGCCCUACCUCCUGUUCCUUCUAUGCUGACUUCCUUUUACCCCCACCUCUCCACUGGCCAUACGGUUUAUGAUGCUCGCCAAGUAAAGCAGAAUGUCUCCUGUAAGUACAGCUCCCAAAGCUCGAGGUGUUUCAGGAAGGACUUGAACAUCUCCAGGCCCCAUGAAGUGAAGGGUCUGGUAAAUUCUGGCACUGCUAAACAAGCACAAAAGCAGCAUGGGGAAGACAGUGCUGAGCAUCCCGCCGGCUCUAUACUUGGUUACAUGGAGUUGGGGAACAUGGAAUGGAAGAUCUCAGAUAAUGCCAAAGAUAAGUUUUCCCAGCCCAAGACCUUCCCUUUCUGCAGCUUUCAUCCUUGCUGUUCUGAGAGCCAAGACAGAGACUCCCAGGCACCAGUCUACCCCAAAUUCCUGGUCUACACACAGGAUGUCACUCCUUCUAAGCCUUGUUUUCAUUCUCCAAGCACUGCUCAGUACAAACUGCCCCCCACGCCCCCACAGUGUACUCUUGCUCUGCCUCUUGUUUCUCCCAGAACAUUUGUGCUUCCUCAAUCUACCCUUCAGAAGCCCCCCAACCUAGCGCAAACCCCUGCCUUUCUCUCAGCCUCCAAGUCUCCUCAGGCUGCUCACUUCUCUAUCCCUCCUCAGUUCUCCACUAUUUCACAAACCUUAGUCCAACCCCUAAACCCUGAGAAUCAAAACUUUAACCAAGACUUUGGCCUUCAAACAACCCCAAUCCUUGUCAACGAUUCUGGAGUUCCCAGGAACUCAAGUCUUACCCAAGAUCCAGGACUCCAGAAGAACCCAAGCCUUAACAAAGAUCCAGGACUCCAGAAGAACCCAAGCCUUAACAAAGAUCCAGGACUCCAGAAGAACCCAAGUCUUAACAAAGAUCCAGGACUCCAGAAGAACCCAAACCUUAACAAAGAUCCAGGACUCCAGAAGAACCCAAGCCUUAACAAAGAUCCAGGACUCCAGAAGAACCCAACAUUUGCCCCAAAUCCAGAACACCAGAAGAACCCAGGCCUUGCCUCAAAUCCAGGAAUCCAGAAGAACCCAGAUCUUGCCCCAAAUUCAGGACUCCAGAAGAACCCAGGCCUUUUCCCAAAUCCAGGAAUCCAGAAGAACCCAGCCUUUGCCCAAAAUCCAGAACACCAGAAGAACCCAGGCCUUGCCCCAAAUCCAUACCUCCACAAGAACUCAGGUUACUAUAAGCUUCCAAGCUGUGUUCAAGAGUCUUACCUCUGCAUGAAUCCAAGCAAUUCCCAAGACGCUUGCCUUCAAAAGAAUCUAGCUAUCACUCAAGAUUUCAGCCUAAGGAGUUCAGAUGCUGGUGUUCUUAGGAACUUAGGUUUCCUGCAGCCUUCCAGCCUCCACAGGAAUAUAAUAUUCAAUGAAACAUCUGGUCCGAGGACUUUGAGUUUUAUGCAAGACUCUGUCAUCUACAGAAAUGUUGCGUUAAACCAAGACACUGUAAUCAACAAAAAUAAAGGUGUCUCCCUAGUAACUGACCAAAAGAGGCCAGACCCCCUUCAAGAUUCUGGAGGUAACAAUGGUUUAGGAAAUGUACAACAUCCAGGAGUCUGCAAGAGUGUAAACCUGACUCAAGACACUAGACCACAGAAGAUCCCGAGCCAUACCCAAGACCCUGAAAUUAAUAAAAACUCUGGACUUACCCAAGAAUCUAGUUCCCCCAAGAGCCCAGGUCUUGUCCAAACCUCUUGCCUCCAUAAGAGCUCAGGUCUCACACAAGACUCAGGAGACAACAAGAAUUUAAGCCUUACCCAGGCUCCUGGAAUCUACAGAGUCCCAGCUCUAAACCAAGACACUGGCUCCCACAACAGUCUUGGCCUAAUCAAUGUCACCACAGCAGAAAAACGAUCAGACCUUAACCAAGAUGUUGGCGUUUACAGUUCAGAAUACGGCCAAGAUCCUAACCUUCAGGAGUACCCAGCAAUUGAUCAAGAUUCUGGCUGUCAGCAGGACCCAGCACUUGGCCAAGGCUCUGGCUUCAAGACUCCAGGCCUUACCCAGAAAGCUGGCCUCUGUAAGGACUCAGGCCUUAUCCCAGACUCUGGCCUCAACAAAAAAACAAGCUUUGCUCCAGGUACUGAUUCUGCCCAAGUCAUGGGCCCAUUUCAAACACUAAAACUGACAUCUUCCCCAGUGGAAUCCCUUGAAGGUAAGGUGACUUCUCAGAAGGACAUUACAGAGCAGCAUGUGUCCUGCACUUCUGUCCCAGUCAACCAAAGUUCCUGCCCUUCCAAGGACCAAGUGCUCUCCCCUGACCUGAAAACUUUUUCAGAGGUCCCUGUCCUGAUUGAGCUACAGCCUCCCUCCCGACGGCUAGACAGCCAAGACUGGGUAUACCACACCGUAGACACAGCUGUUUCGACCUGCCAGAAGUAUCGCCAGAUGUCUGUACCUCCCCAACUCGGCCAGAAGUCCCAUUGCCCAGGACCAGGCACCCGGACAGGUCACGUGGUCUUUGAUGCCCGCCAGAAACAGUUAGUAACUAGCAGGGAAAAGUGCGAAGCUCUGUCUUCCAGGCGCCCUCGUCCAGAAGCACCCCAAAACUCAAGGCGACCCAGAAGGAAUGGGGAUAUCAAAAUGUGAUGAGGACCUUGGACAAUGAGGGGGCAAAUAAGCAUCGGAAAUAAAGAGGCAAGAGAA